AAAGACAUUUUCAGUUAUCUGUCAUUUCUCUCCGCGAUCGGGUUACGAUGCUAAUUUUCAUAAUUCUCGCAGUAAUUUUGCUCCUGUGUCUUCUGCAGUACAAAUUGAACAGGAGAAAUUUGGAAAUUUUGGGAGAAAAAAUUCCCGGCCCCAAGGGAGUUCCGUUGUUGGGAGUCUUGCCACGAUUUUUCGGGAAAUCAAAUGAAGAAAUUCUCGCCGAAGUGUUGGAAAUUGUCGAUUGUUACGAAAAUGUGGCGAGAUUCUGGCUUGGCAAUAAAUUAAUUUUGAUGAUAAAAAAUUUGGAUUAUGUGAAAAGUAUCUUGAAUUCCGUGAAAUGUCUCGAUAAGGCGUUUGCUUAUGAGUUUUUGAGUGUUAAUUUGGGAUUGAUUUCAUGUAAAUCUAAUGUCUGGAGAUUCCAUCGCAAAUAUUUAAACAAUUGCUUCACACCAAAGUUACUACAGAGCUUCAUGCCGAUAUUCAAUCGUUCAAGUGCUCGCAUGUCACAAUACAUGAGCAAACAUCUCGGAAGAGGCGAAUUCGAUUUGUACCAUUUUGUAGGAAAAUGCACGUUAGACAUGAUUUGUACGACGUCAAUGGGGCUCGAUCAUGAUUUCCAAGGACCAACGGGAGAUAUUUACAUUCAAAGUGCCGACAUCCUUGCAGAAACCAUCAAUAAACGAAUUUUCAAUAUUUUUUACCAUCCAAAGCAAAUUUAUAAUUUCACGAAAGCGUACGUGAUUGAAUCCAAAGCAUGGAGUGGUUUGAGAACGGUAUCAUCACGUGUAAUUGAGAAUGCGGAGAAAACUUACGUGAAGCCCGUGUCAUCGGAGUUGAAUGUGAAAAGUGAGUUACGGAAGCCGUGCAUCUUCGUGGAACAAGUUUACAAAUUAUUCCAGUAUACGAAGGAAUUUGAUGAGCAAAUGUUGAAAGAUGAGAUUGAUACGCUCAUUGCAGGAGGAAAUGAAACGAGUGGCAUGACAACUUCUUUCUGUAUUUUAAUGAUGGCAAUGCAUCCUGAUGUUCAGGAACGCGUUGUCGAUGAACUUCGUUCAAUUUUUGAGACCGCCGAUGACGAAGUCACCCAAGAUCACAUCUCACAACUCGACUACUUAACGAUGGUUUUGCAAGAAACGCUCCGUUUGUUCCCCAUUACUCCUUUUAUUGGUCGCGAGGUGCAAGAAGACAUCCAACUUGACGAGUACACACUCCCCAAAGGCGCCUCUCUAGUCAUUCCGAUUUUCAAGUUGCAGCGACAAGAGGAAAUUUGGGGCCCCGAAGCACAUUUAUUCAAUCCCGACAACUUUUUGCCCGAAAAUGUGGAAAAACGUCAUCCUUACGCGUGGAUUCCCUUCAGUGCUGGGCAACGCAACUGCAUUGGCAUGAAAUAUUCAUUGCUUGCGAUGAAAACGAUGCUAUGUUACCUCCUGAGGAAUUAUAAAUUCAACACGACCCUAAAGUACUCAGAACUGAAAUUCAAGAUGGCAUUAGAUCUUAAAAUUGUGAACAAGCACAUGGUUAGCAUAGAAAAGCGUAAAUUUAAAUAGUUUUUAUUGAAUAAAUCAACUUUUUAAGGGGACCAUUCAAGUUUUUUGCCCUUUCCAGCAGGUUUUUUGUACGAGA